UUGAUCCAAAGAGAGCUGCAUGGAUCACUUAAUGUUUAUGUUUGCUUUCAGCUAUUCAUAGAAUAUGAGCGUGGCUCUUUCUCUCUGAAGCUGCCCUCCACAGAGGAGGUAAACGAGGUUGUGGCUCACAUCGGAAAGUGUUUGCUGAGGAUAUGUCCCGGUCUCCCACCAAGUAAAGUGAUGAAGAAACUCACCAUGGACCCUCUGGACAGGCUGACCUCUCUGCAGACUCUUUGGGAGAACAAUAAACCUGCUGAACCUGGUCCUUGUGGUGGAUUUUCUCAGAUGUACAGGUGUGUGUGUGACUGGUUGGGGCUUCCUUAUAAAGAGGAGGUUCAGUGGGAUGUUGACACCAUCUAUCUGACUCAAGACACAAGAGAGCUCAACCUGCAAGACUUCAGUCAUUUGGAGAAUAGGGAUCUGGUAGCUAUAAUAGCAGUCCUGGAGUUUAACCAGUGGUUCACUAAGCUGUCCACCAAGGAUUACAAACUGUCUGCAGAUGUGUGUGAGCAGAUCCUUCGGAUGGUAUCUCGGUCCAGUCGACUGGAAGAGUUGGUUCUGGAUAAUGCAGGGCUCAAAACUGAUUUUGCCCAGAAGCUUGCCGCCGCUUUGGCCCACAACCCCAACUCAGGACUCACUACCAUUAAUCUUGCCAACAACCCACUGGAGGACAGAGGUGUUUCCUCCCUAGGUGCUCAGUUUGCCAAACUCCGUAUAGGGCUGAAGCAUUUAAACUUUUCCAAAACCUCCCUGUCACCCAAAGGGGUGAAUAGCCUUUGCCAGUCACUGAGUGCCAACCCAUCCAUCCCUACUAGCCUCGUCCAUCUGGACCUCUCAGGGAAUAUGCUCCGAGGAGAUGACAUGCAGCAUUUCUACCACUUUCUUGGUCAACCCAACAGUCUGGCAACACUUGACCUCUCCAACACAGACUGCUCAUUGGACCAGGUUUGCUCUGCUCUACUGCGAGGCUCCGUACUUCACCUCUCUGUUCUCAAUGUGUCAAAGAGUGUCUUCCCUCACAGGAAAGGAAAAGAGGUUCCCCCCUCAUUUAAGCAUUUCUUCAGCAGUGCCAUGUCUCUCAGCUCCAUCAAUGUGUCAGGAACUAAGCUGCCCCCAGAGGCCCUCAAAGCACUUCUUCUUGGGCUGGCCAGUAAUCCCAACCUUAAGGAUGUGUCACUUGACCUCAGCUGCUGUGAGCUUGGCCAUUGUCUGCGCUCUGGAGGCUCUCAAAUCCUCGAGGGCUGCAUUGCUGAGAUCCCAAACAUUUCAAGUUUAGAUAUAUCUGACAAUGGCCUGGACUCAGAACUCUCCACACUCCUUGUUUGGUUAGCCAAGAACCGCUCCAUCAGACAUCUGUCUCUGGGCAAGAACUUCAAUAACAUCAAGUCCAAAAACCUCGCUCCAGUGUUAGACAGCCUGGUUCACGUGAUUCAAGAGGAGGAGUCACCCCUGACCUCCCUAUCUCUAGCAGACUCCAAACUCAAGAGUGAUCUGACCAUCAUUCUUAACGCCCUCGGCAGCAACUCCACCCUCACCAGACUCGACAUCAGUGGUAACGCAAUGGGUGAUAUGGGAGCCAAGAUGCUAGCAAAAGCCUUGCAGAUCAACUCCAAACUGAGGACUGUGAUGUGGGACAAAAACAACAUCAGCCCUCAGGGUCUACAGGAUGUAGCAGCAGCUUUGGAGAAAAACUUCACCAUCCGCUUCAUGCCCAUCCCCAUCAUCGAUGCCUCCCAGGCCCUUAAGUCAAGCCCUGAGAAAACGGAGGAUGCCCUGCUAAAGAUUGAGAACUAUUUAUACAGGAAUCAUGAAACCAGGAAAUACCUACAGGAACAGGCUUAUCGGCUUCAGCAGGGCAUCGUAACUACGACCACACAGCAAAUGAUAGACCGGAUUUGUGUAAAGGUGCAAGACCAUCUGAACUCUCUGAGGAACUCUGAGACAGACGUCAUUUUAGAGGAUGUCAGAGCAGCAGAGAACCUCAUCAAAGACGCAAGAAAUUCUAAAACACUGCUCCCUAAUCUCUACCACCUUGGAUCAGCAUCCAGAGAGGAGGUGAACAGUUCAUCAGUGGGUCCCAUCCAGGAGAAGCUGCAGUCCAUGGCUGGAGAGGUCACCACGGUCAUGGACCAGCAGCUGCAGACCUUGUUAGAGUCAAUGAUGGAUGCAGCAGAAUCGCUGUGUCCUCAUGUGAUGAAGAGGAGUAACCUCCGCCCAGACCUGAUGAAGGCCAGUACAGCCAAGAUGGUUGUCCCUAAAAGCUUCGUCAGCAAAACUCUUCUUGAGCAGUCGGGGGUGGAUAUUAUCAACAAAAUCAGUGAAGUAAAACUGAGUCUGGCCUCAUUUCUGUCCGAUCGCAUUGUUGAUGAGAUUUUGGAGGCUCUUUCCACAUCACAACACACACUGGCAGACCAUCUGGUACGGCGAGGUCGUCCUUUGGUGCAGCAGGACUCACUGGAUCUAGAUGUCCCAGAGGAAAAGAUUCCUAAACGGGCAUCAACCGAGAUACUGGAAGCUGAGAGGCUUGAGGAUCUUGAAACGUGUAUGACUCUGUGCUGCACCAGUAUGACUCCGAAAUCUAAACGGAAAAGCAUCCAUAGCAGAAUGUUGAGGCCAGUGUCUCGUGCCUUCGAAAUGGAGUUUGACCUAGAUAAGGCACUUGAGGAUGUUCCCAUCCACGUGGAGGAUCCCUCCACUUUUUCUCAAACUCCAUCAACUCCAUCUUUACACAUGCAACGAACUCCUGGAGGGAUUGCAGAGUUGCCAUCUGAGGAAGAAAAAAAACUGCAGCAUUUCACGAAACUACGGCCUCGGAGAAACAAAAAAACACAUUCUAACAAAGUACCUCAAAUCAGCAGCACUUCGUCACAAGAUGGGGAACAGAAUGGUCUCAUGGGAAGGGUGGACGAAGGAGUGGAUGAGUUCUUCUCUAAAAAAGUCACAAAGUUAGAUUCAAAACGUUCCUUGAAAAGUUCAGAAUCUCAGGACGGAGAGAAGAAAAAGAGUAAAGGAGGGUUUUUAAACCUCAUCAAGCGAUCCUCCAAAUCAGAUAAAUCUGACAAAGCAGAUAAAAUGGAGAAAAGCCAGGUGGCUCCAGCAUCUACUGGGACGUCCUCAGCAUCUGUAGCCUCUGCUGCAGCCCCCACCAUCCCAGAGGAGCCCUCCUCUCCAAAGACAGCAGUAAAGAGUCCAACACCUGAGCCAAAGUCCAGAGACGCCUCCACCCGCUCGCAGCCCACUGACUACAGCAGCAGCUCGGACAGGUCGGAGGAGCUGAGGACCCCGGACUCCAUGGACGAGCCAUGGGAGGGUUCAGACGGCAGAGGAAGUCCACAGGGAGGGAAGCGCUACCCCGGAGUGCAGAUGAUGGGCAGCGGCCUCUUGGCAGAGAUGAAGGCAAAACAUGAGAGGAGAGCUUACAAGUCUUCCAGCCCUGACAGGCCAGACAGCAAUACUACAGCCAAGCCCCAUUCAGCGACUCCAGAGAGCAGGUCUCCAAGUGGAUCUACUAAAGCAGACAGUGCUCCUUCAGAAAAGACUUCGGCGCGGGGUGAGACUAAGCCUGAACCAGCCUCUCGUCAUAGGGCUACAUCUUCCUCCAGUUCCCCAUCGGGACCAGGAAGCCCUAAACCACCAGUGCCACAUGGAGCAAAGCCUGCGCUCGCUGCUAGACCUACCAUCCCACAGAAACCGCGGACCACCAGUAGUAGCAGGAGCACAGAUGAUAGCUCAGAUGUCUUCAGUGGCGGAGGUGGGUCUCCUAAAGUUAAUGUUCUGUCUUCAACACUGAGGAAAACACUCUCUGACAAAGACAGAGAUACCAGUCUGAAGCCAGGAGUUUCCUCCAACAAAUCCACUCAGGAAGCUAAGUCAGCAUCAGACACGGCUCCCCGUUCCGGUCCUCUCGGCAUCAAUUCUGAGGAUCACAGUUCAGUCAAGACCAAGGACAAAUCUCCAAACCCAGACAAGGCGAAAGCAGCAAGAAAGAAGUCCUCCGACUCUGGGGAGGAAGCUGACAAGGACUUUAUCUUGAUAUGA